AUGAAUGCUUGCUUAAGUUUCGUUUCCAUGCUUAAAAAAACCCCUGCCAUCGAGAAAAAACCAGAACAGGCCGUAAGCUUUCGUACGUUGGUUCCUCAGGAUUUUGCAGAGGAGGAUACCUCUUGUUCCGCUUCCUCGAGUGAGAUAAAUCAAAAUCAUUCAAGGUUUAGCAGCCUAUCAAGAAAGAAAGAUGCUUUACCUCCGGUAACCUCUCGAGUUACAUCCUUAUUAUAUGAAGCCGAGUCGAAAGCUACGGCUCGCGAUUUCGCAAAAUCUGUUGAAUUGUUAGAGAAGGCGACGACGUUAGGAAGCGCUUGCGCCGCGGCAAAGUUGGGGUUGGUGUACCAUGGAGGUCUCAAUUCAACGGUGAAUCCGGACUAUGCAUCUGCUGCAGCCUACUAUUUUUUAGCCCUCAAAUUAAUAUAUAUGAUCCCAAACAACAAAUGGGAUAUGUCUUUAUUACUGGACGUAAUUGCCGGUUUAUCCGAAAUAUAUCGGAAACAGAUGUGUCGAACGGAGGAUAUUGACAUAUGGAACACGGGCAUCAAGGCGAUGAGACACAUUGAGAGCACUUUAUCGGAUCCGUCCAUGACAAAAUUCUUUACCCACCGAGAUAAUCAGAAAUGUAAGGCCGCAAGGAUUCAUAUGAAUUUUUGCCUGGCAAUGACGGCAGAGGCUGACGGUGAAUUUAACGACGCAUUAAAUUUAUACGGAACCUGCAAACGUAUCGGUGAAUGUAAUUUCGCUACGGCGGAUAAAUUGGUCAAGAAGGCCCACACCAAGAUUAGGAUCUUGGAACGUCAAGUACCAAAGGUCAAACCCGUAUGUGUCUCGUGCGACUUUGAGCCAAAAGAGCUCAGCGAUAUUUGGAAACUGUUGGUUUGCAGUAAGUGUCAAGUGGUUGCAGCCUGCAGCCGAGAAUGUUUAACGGCUCACUUGGCAACACACACUAAAGCCGAGAAGUAA